GGACCAUUUGUACAGUAUUGACAUUACAAAAGUCUUUCGUUAGCAUCUUAAAUGCUACUUGUCGCAAAGUGACGCAUGCGCAACGCGACUCAAAUCUGCACUGUCCCCACAUUGGGCAGUAACUGUCAAUGGAGUGACAGUCAAUCUGGUCUAUUUUAUUUUGUACGUAAAUUAGCUAAACAGUUAACUUUCAACGCUUGAAAUACGUGUCACCGUCACUAGGAAACACAGGAAGUGUCUGUCAGCUCCUGUUGCUGGCAAAGAUGGCUCAUCUUACAACGCUUUUUAAGUAUGUCGACGAACACCAGGAUCUGUAUGUGCAGCGUCUCGCAGACUGGGUGGGAGUCCAGAGUGUGUCUGCUUGGCCAGAGAAGCGCGGGGAGAUCAAGAAGAUGAUGGAGAUGGCAGCCAAGGACAUUGAGAAGCUUGGAGGAACAGUGGAGAUGGUGGACAUCGGCAAACAGAAGCUUCCCGGUGGCGAGGAGAUCCCCCUGCCGCCUAUCAUCCUGGGUCGUUUGGGUUCAGACCCAGGCAAGAAGACGGUGUGUAUCUACGGCCAUCUUGAUGUCCAGCCAGCUAACAUUGAUGAUGGCUGGGAUACAGAGCCUUUCACUCUGGUGGAAAAAGAUGGUAAGCUCUAUGGAAGAGGUUCUACUGAUGACAAAGGUCCUGUGUUGGCCUGGUUUAACUGCAUUGAGGCCUACCAGAAGAUCCAGCAGGAGCUUCCCAUCAACAUAAAAUUCUGCUUCGAGGGAAUGGAGGAGUCUGGAUCUGAGGGCCUGGAUGAACUGGUGUUUUCUCGAAAAGACUCCUUCUUCAAAGAUGUGGACUAUGUCUGCAUCUCUGACAAUUAUUGGCUCGGCAAAACCAAACCCUGCAUCACAUACGGUCUCAGAGGAAUCUGCUACUUCUUUAUUGAGGUGCAUUGCGGUGACAAGGACCUACACUCAGGGGUGUUUGGUGGUUCUGUUCAUGAAGCCAUGACUGACCUGAUUGCACUAAUGGGCUCCCUCUUAGACAAGAAGGGGAAGAUUUUGGUUCCUGGGAUAAGUGAUGAUGUGGCCCCUCUGACAGAUGAGGAAAAAAAGCUGUAUGAGAAAAUAGAUUUUGACUUGGAUGAAUACUGCAAAGACGUUGGAGUUGGACAGCUACUGCAUGACACCAAGGAGAAAAUCCUGAUGCACCGCUGGAGGUAUCCAUGUCUUUCUCUACAUGGUAUUGAGGGAGCUUUCUCUGAAGCAGGAGCCAAGACUGUUAUCCCCCGCAAGGUCAUCGGCAAGUUCUCCAUCCGCCUCGUCCCCGACAUGGACCCCAAAGUUGUGGAGAAAAAGGUUAUCGAUCAUCUGCAGCAGAAGUUUGCUGAACUGGAAAGCCCGAACAAACUGAAUGUGUACAUGGGUCAUGGAGCCAAGGCCUGGGUCUCUGACUUCAACCACCCACACUACAUGGCUGGCCGAAAGGCCAUGAAGACAGUCUUUGGUGUGGAGCCUGACUUGACCCGUGAGGGUGGAAGCAUCCCCGUCACCCUGACCUUUCAGGAGGCCACGGGACGUAACGUCAUGCUGCUGCCUGUUGGAUCCUCUGAUGAUGGAGCUCACUCCCAGAAUGAAAAACUCAAUAGAACCAACUACAUUCAAGGGAUCAAGAUGCUCGCGGCAUACUUCCAUGAAGUUUCUCAGCUGGAGUAAAGUGAUGUCUCAUUAUGAGAAAAAUGUAAAAUAUGUCCAUCCUCACUAUCAGAGCCAUAGCCUUUUAUGGUGUGAUUUACCUUCCACAGUUGACAAUUUUAUACCCACACACUUCUGAUGAAAGUGAUUAAAAGUGUCUUUGGUAAUA